AUGGGUAGUACUGAAUCAUGCAGGCGUGAGAAAUUCGAGCUGCCUAUGUCGACUCGUCUGACGCUAGGAAACUAUCCUGAGGUUCCGUCAGGAGGUUGCCCUUAUGCACCUGACUGUAUCUGUCCACCUUUGACGAUCCGAAGACCGUGGCUCGUAUCUUGUUAG